AUGAAAUUCUUAACAGCAAUUGAAAGGGAUCGGCUUGUGAAAGUCCCUUUUUCGGUUUUCGGAACAUCGUGCAGUUCAGUGGGUGCAUUAUACUUUCAUAUUGCUGAAACGGAGCGGAAAUGUUUUAUCGAAGAAAUACCGGAUGAAACGAUGGUGAUCGUGAAUUACAAGGUGCUGCUGUAUGAUCCGAACACGAAAGGUUAUGGGGAAUAUCCAAAUAUUGGAAUGCAUGUGGAAGUGAAGGAUCCUGAGGACAAGAUAGUUUUAUCGAAACUGUACACUAGUGAGGGACGAUUUACAUUUACUUCACAUUCGCCUGGUGAGCAUGUAAUUUGCUUGUAUUCUAAUUCGACGGCAUGGUUUAGUGGCGCACAGCUCCGGGUAUAUCUCGACAUUCAGGCCGGAGAACAUGCUCAGGAUUAUGAGCAGGUGGCCGCUAAAGACAAAUUGAAUGAAUUGCAAUUGCGGAUCAGACAGCUACUUGAUCAGGUCGAACAAAUCGCCAAGGAACAAAACUAUCAACGAUACAGGGAGGAACGCUUCCGUCAAACCAGCGAGAACACCAAUUCGCGUGUGUUGUGGUGGUCCAUUGCGCAGCUUCUGGUGCUAUUAUUAACCGGAGCAUGGCAGAUACGUCAUUUGAAAGGAUUCUUUGAAGCCAAAAAGCUAGUUUAA